AUGGCAUCACAUGUCCCCGUUGCAAAUGGCAUGCUGCCCUUUUGGCGCACAGAUCCCCACCCUCUAGACAACUAUCGUUCCAGCGAGACUCUGCCCGAGCACAGCGACAUCGUCAUUAUUGGAGCCGGAUAUGCGGGGUCGUCGGUCGCACAUCAUAUCUUGCAGCAAGUCAAGCCAGGGUCCCCGGUGCCUUCCAUCACAAUUUUGGAGGCGCGACAGGCUUGUUCGGGCGCGACUGCUCGUAAUGGAGGGCAUAUGAAACCGGAUCUUUAUAACCACAUCGCCACCAUUGCGACGGAACAUGGAGUGGAUGCGGCAGCUGAGGUAGCAGCGUUCGAAGCCAAGCAUGUUCUUGCUGUCAAAGAGUUCAUUGACAAAGAGAAAAUCGAUUGCGAUUACACUGUUACUAAGGCCACAGAUGUCCAAUUGGACGAGGCGCACUUCAAGAAACUUAAGGAAGGAUAUCAUCGUCUGAUCACCGAAGGAAGCAAGCCCACGACAGGAGUUCAAAUUAUCGAGUCCAACGAAGCCGAAGCAUUCUCCGGUGUCAAAGGCGCCGUAGGUUGCUUCACCUACGAUACAGGCCAUAUCUGGGCCUACAAAUUCGUCCUCCACCUACUAGAGAAAGUAGUCUCGCAGGGUAUAAACCUACAGACACAUACACCCGUGACAAAGAUUACGGAAUCCACCCAUCCGAGCUCCCCUCAUGGCUGGAAAGUGGAGACAUCCCGCGGCACGGUUGCAGCCAAUGUGGUCGUGCUCGCGACAAACGCCUAUACAUCCAGCCUCGCACCUCAGUAUCAAGGAAAGAUUGUUCCUGUACGAGGGACGUGUAGUCGCAUUGUUGUUCCGGCAGGAUCGACGGCCCCUCGCUUGACGAAUACUUAUACCUUGCGGUUGAAUGCUUGGGAUUAUGACUACCUGAUUCCGCGUGGGGAUGGCAGUAUCGUUGUCGGUGGGGCACGAUCGUCUUUUAUCCAAGAUGAAAAGAAUUGGUAUAACGUCAGUGAUGAUAGUUUGGUUUUGGAGCCUGCGGUGAGGUAUUUUGAUGGGUAUAUGCAGCGCAAUUUUGUGGGGUGGGAGAAUAGUUUUGCGUACACUGAUCGUGUUUGGACUGGGAUUAUGGGCUACUCGUCCGAUGGGCUUCCGCAUGUUGGUCGGGUUCCUGGAAAUGAUAAUCAAUAUAUUUUGGCUGGAUUCACCGGUCACGGUAUGCCACAGAUCUUCCUCGCUGCUGAAGGGAUUGCGAAAAUGGUUGUCAACGGUUUGAGCUUUGAGGAUACUGGGCUACCACGGCUGUUCAAGACUACUUCGACGAGAGUCGAGAACGGGCGGAGUAAUAUUUUGGAAAAGACCCCUCAAGCAGGCGAAUCGGCCAAG